CUGUAAGAACUACAACAUGGAUGUCAGUUGGUGUCCGCCUCCGUAACGCUUCCCGCGCACACACACACACACACGACGACGAAGACGACGGUUGGAAAGGAAACAACCGGCUCACACACUUUUCUACAGGUUCACUUUGGCCCCAUUCCACUUUUGUUUUCGUGACCUCCUGUUUCCAGAAUGCCUCGCAUCGAGAAUGACAUCAAGCUGGACUUCAAGGACGUGCUCCUCCGUCCAAAGCGGAGCACGCUCAAGUCGAGGAGCGAGGUGGACCUCAUGAGGAGCUUCACUUUCAGGAACUCCAAGGGCAGCUACAGAGGGAUCCCCAUCGUCGCUGCAAACAUGGACACCGUGGGGACCUUCGAGAUGGCCCUGGCUUUGCAUCAGUUCACUCUCUUCACCACGAUUCACAAACAUUACUCCGUGGACGACUGGCUGGAGUUUGCGACGAAGCAUCCCGAGUGCGUGAAGAGCGUCGCGGUCAGCACGGGCACCGGUGACGGUGACUUUGAAAGGAUUUCAGCCAUCUUGGCGGCGGUGCCCGACCUGCAGUAUAUCUGCGUAGACGUGGCCAACGGCUACUCCGAACACUUUGUUCACUUCGUCAAAGACGUCAGGGAGAAGUUCCCCUCUCACACUAUAAUGGCAGGAAACGUGGUGACGGGUGAGAUGGUGGAAGAGCUGAUCCUGGCCGGCGCUGACAUCAUCAAAGUCGGCAUCGGACCAGGCUCUGUGUGCACCACCCGCAAGAAGACAGGGGUGGGGUACCCCCAGCUCAGCGCUGUGAUCGAAUGCGCAGAUGCAGCUCAUGGCUUGGGCGGUCACAUCAUCUCUGACGGGGGAUGUACUUGUCCAGGAGAUGUCUCGAAGGCUUUUGGUGCCGGAGCAGACUUUGUGAUGCUGGGCGGGAUGCUUGCUGGCCACUCAGAAAGCGGGGGCGAGGUUAUCGAGAAAAAUGGCAAGAAAUACAAGCUGUUCUAUGGGAUGAGCUCCGACACGGCGAUGAAGAAGCAUGCAGGAGGCGUGGCUGAGUACAGAGCGUCGGAGGGGAAGACGGUCGAAGUUCUUUACAAAGGUCCGGUUGAUGUGACAAUACGGGACAUCCUGGGUGGGGUCCGCUCCACCUGCACCUACGUCGGCGCGGGCAAACUGAAGGAGCUGAGCCGCAGGACCACUUUCAUCAGGGUCACCCAACAGCUCAACACUGUGUUCGGCAACGACAGCUGAACGUCCGGCUCGAACCUGCCUCAGAUGUCGAGGAUAAGUCUGCGGCGCUGCCUGCCUGAUUCCCACAUGUUGUUUGUGCAUUGACCAUGCGAACAGACACAUGUGUUAGUAAUUAAAUACUGCCAUUUUACUUUACCUAUCGUUUUUACAGUUACAGUUCUUUGAACUGAAAUUUCAAUGCAAUUUUUAGCGUGUUGUGUCACAGACUCCGAGUCGCUUCACACUCUGAAUGUUACUUCUUUUCAUACAAGCCAAGUUUUUCGAGGGGCUAUUCUGUAAGAUACGAGCUUGAGCAAGUCUUUCGCUCUUUGCAGGUCUGCUGUCUCAUCAUUCCAGUUGUUUUUGUUGUUGUUUUUUUUGUUUUACAUGUAUGCAACUCUGUAGCUGUUUAUGAACAAUCUCUCCGACGUCUCCAUGCUCUGUGCCGACAUCAUACUGUAAGCCUUCAUCACUCACUUAAAAUUAUAGCAAACGUUUUAAAAUAUUUAGAAAGCCUAAAUAUAUUUAUAUAUAUAUAUAUAUAUAUAUGUAUAUGCUGCUGCUGUGGCUAUUUAGGAAAUUUUACGGUUUUUAGAAAUUCAAUCAUUCACUCAUUAAAUUUUGCACUUGAAUAUGAGAUUUGAGAGUCUGACAUUUAGUUUCCAUGUGUUUUGGUGUCAUACAUUGUUUCCAGCACCUACUACUGCAUAAAUAUGUUUGUAGGUGAAUUAUAUUUGGGAGAAUUUACACAUGGACCAGUAUAUGCUGAAUGCUAGAGCACAUACAGUACACUGUAAUGAAAUGCUGAAUUCAUAGCAGAGGUUUUAUUAUGUAGAUUUCUCUUCCGGCUGCUCCUGCUCAGUACCAACGUUUGUGCGGGUUUAUUGUUAGUGAUAUGCACAUUUAAAUGAAUUUAUUAUUCAUUAUAGCCUUUAAAUUAAGUGGUCAUUCAGUGUAAUUAGCCUUGAAAGUUUUACAGCAUCAGUAUUGAGAAUGGUUUCAUUUCACACACAGUCUGUUGUUUAUUUCUUAUCACCUUUGUCUUGUUUCAUUUUUUACUGUCACGUCGGUGUAAAAAUGGCAAAAUGUAAAAUUAAGAAGCAUUCGUUGUUUUUUUCAUGUUUCGAAUAGUCAAUAAAAACAUUCCACAUCU